GGUUUAAAAUGGCGGCGGAAGCGUCAAAACAGGUAUGAAAUGUUAACGAUACCGGAUAAACUUAUGACAUGUGCUUGUUGUUAUAACACCGGUGAAGCGUGUCCUCUCCUGUAGAGAUGACGUGAGAGCAAAACAUGUCCGUCGCAUUUGAACUUAUUUUGAUAUAAUUCACUUGAGGAAGCGCUGCUAGAAUCAUCGUCGGUCGCAAGUCCGGGAAGACGUGUUUAUAUUUACCAUCCUCCUUUUCCGCAGAGGUGAAUUUACAUGUUUUUAUAUUAUUAUUUUUCCGACUCUUGACCUCACACUGGUGCUGUUUGUGUGCUCUAAGCUGCGUUGAGGAGGCAGGGGGAUGAGGGCGGUGCAGCAGCAGUAUCACAGCAUCACCAUGGACCGCUUCAGCAGGCGGCUACCUGCCGGACACCUGUAGCAUCAACCGGCAUCAUGGCGAACACGACCACCGGGACCCGGGACCGCAGAGACAGCCGCUGUGGUUUAUCUGGAGAAGCCAUAGUGCAGAAUGGCUGUGUCGUGACGGACCUGGCUGCCUCUGACCUCCACAAUCACACCAACAACCACCACCAUGACCUCAGCUCCACCAUGCACAGUGAGACGGUCGUGCCCACCUACAAGCCAUCCUGCUCCUCCACCCCCAUCUACUACUGCAGCCCCCAAAAAAACUACUCGGACCUGAACCAGGACUGCCACAGCUUGACUUCCCAGGACUCGGGUAUCCCCACUCUGGAGAUCAACCCUCCAGAGCCCAUCCUCCACGUCCACCAACGCACCGGUGACGGAGGCCUCGUCUCUGACUCCAGUUCCUACUCGCCCGCCACUUUAACUUUGGAAGAUUCUACUGAUGGCAACUCCAUCCGUAAAUCCUCCACCUUCCCCCGCAGCGGGUACGACUCCAUCCGCCACCUUAGCCCCGCCCUCAGAUUGUCCACCACCACGGGGACGGCCGUCGGAGCUUUAAACCGCAGCGAUGACAUAUCCAGCAUGUCCAGCAUGAGCACCGAGCUGUCCGUCUCCAAUGAAGACAUCUUGGAUUUCACCGUCACCUCCAGCUCCAGCGCCAUCGUUACCUUGGAGACGGACGACAGCAGCGGCAGUCAUUUCUCAGACGUGACGCUGACGACGUCACCUGGAAACCCCGGAGACCUAUGGAGUCCUGUAAGGGGUCCGCAUCAGGAAGAGGAUGGAAGGCUAAAGAAAUUAGGACCUCUAGCAAGCUUAUUCAACAGGAGCCUGUUUGCCAGGAGGGUGAAGGACAAUCGGCCGGUGGAGCAGAAGGAUCCCGGGUGGAAGCUGUUUGGGAAGGUCCCCCUCAGGGAAGGCCCCGUUAAGGACCCCAAGAGAAUACAGAAGGAAUAUGAAACAAAGAGUGGCAGAGCUGGACCUGGCAACCCGACGUCUCCCAGGCACGGUGUGAGGAAAAACCUGGACUUUGAGCCCCUCUCCACCACCGCACUCAUACUGGAGGACAGACCUGCUAAUCUGCCUGCCAAGCCCGCCGAGGAGGCCCAGAAGCACCGACAGCAGUAUGAAGAGAUGGUGGCCCAGGCCAAGAAGAGAGAGUUGAAGGAGGCUCAGAAGAGGAAGAAGCAGCUGGAGGACCGGUGUAAGCUUGAAGAGAGCAUCGGCACGGCCGCCCAGAUCUGGAACCAGGAGAUCUUACCCAACUGGAGCACAACGUGCACGUCUCGACGCGUGAGGGACCUGUGGUGGCAGGGCAUCCCCCCCAGUGUGCGGGGCAAAGUGUGGAGCCUGGCCGUGGGCAACGAGCUCAACAUCACACACGAGCUGUAUGACAUCUGUCUGUCCCGGGCCAAAGAGAAGUGGAGGACAACACCAGCACCGUCCUUGGAGGCUGAAGAUGCUGGUUCGUCAGAUCGGGAGUCGAGCCUGGAGCUCAUCAAGCUGGACAUCUCAAGAACUUUCCCCCACCUCUGUAUCUUCCAGCAGGGCGGGCCAUAUCACGAUGUGCUGCACAGCAUUCUGGGAGCAUACACUUGUUACCGGCCAGACGUCGGCUACGUGCAGGGCAUGUCGUUCAUCGCAGCAGUGCUCAUCCUGAACUUGGACACAGCCGAUGCCUUUAUAGCUUUUGCCAACCUGCUCAACAAGCCCUGUCAGAUGGCCUUCUUCAGAGUGGACCACAGCCUUAUGUUGACUUACUUUGCGGCUUUUGAAGUGUUCUUUGAAGAAAACCUACCAAAGCUCUUUGCACAUUUCCAGAAAAACAACUUGACCCCUGAUAUUUAUUUAAUCGACUGGAUCUUCACUCUGUACAGUAAGUCCCUGCCGCUGGACCUGGCGUGCCGGGUGUGGGACGUGUUCUGCAGAGACCACGAGGAGUUCCUGUUCCGCACGGGGCUGGGGCUGCUGCGCCUCUACCAGGACGUCCUCACCCCCAUGGACUUCAUCCACAUGGCUCAGUUCCUCACCCGCCUCCCCGACCUCAUCCCAGCGGAUCAGCUCUUCCAGCACAUCACUGCCAUCCACAUGACCAGCCGCAACAGGAAGUGGGCGCAGGUCCUGCAGGCGCUACAGAAAGAUCCGGAGCGAUGCAGCCCGGUGCUGAAGCGCUGAUCUGAGAUCAGAGGAAACCAGGUCCCCUCCAGCUCUCGGUGAAUCAAACUGGACUCUCAGCAGGCAGUACGGACCUGAGCAAGACUUUUAACCUCAGCGGGACACGUCUGAGAUAAACCUCUUGCCUCACUGCUCUAACAGGAACCAGCACCCUGGAGGGGGAGAGAGAAGGGACACGAGGCCUUAUUUAUCUCCCAUCACCCCUCCUCCCCUCAGAGGCCCAGCGAGAGGCGGGAAAGUGUAGCUGGUAGAGGCUGAAGAAUGUAUCACACACACCAGAGGAGAUCAACUUUAAUCCUCCACUCUAAGUUUAAUUCCAUGCUCUCGAUCUUUCUAGCUACACUUCCACUCGUCUUUUCUCUAAAUGUGGCUUUUUAGUGCAACAAAUCUCCACAUCUCCCGAGUCAUAGCUUCAGCUAUAUCUCUUAGUUUCUGCACCUUAUUUUUCUCAGAUCUUCUGUCAUUCCUUCACUUUGAAUGUGUUUUUAAUUUGUGUUGUUUCCUGAACCAUUCCAUGAAGUCAACUCUGUCACGAGUUAUACAUCUAUGAAAUGCACGUCGCCUUCAUGCUGAAGACAAAUUGGUGUCUGCGAGAGCACUGUUACAUUUGUUUUAAAAUCUCUAAAAGGAGGUCUGUAAAAUGUAGUUUUGCAGAUUAUUUAUGUCGAUGACACUGGAGUAAAUGAUGAUGAUGCUGCUGUAAAACACACAGUCAUUGUCACACUGGACCCCCACCCUAAUGUUUGAAGUACAUUUCAGCUUGUUAGUGUUCUGAUUCCUGAUGUCUUGGUGUGGGUGUGAAGUCUUUAAAGUUUGUAUUUAUUCAUAUUUAUCAAAAACAGGACUUGUUCCAGUCAAAUGAAGGGUUUUCACUGAGCCUCUCCCCCACAAGCACAUACUCGAUUUGAACAAUGAAAGUAGUAACAGCCCUAACAGAUAGAAAAGUCGUCAUAUGCACUCUAGCAAGUACAUACUGUAGCCGCUGUAAUCUAAGACACAGCAGCUUGACAUUCUGUAGCAAACUGCCCGGCUUUUAUCGAGUAUGUAUGGUUUAUGGUGAUAGUUUCAUCAAGUUUUCUCCGUCUCUAAAGCAAGAAAGCGCUUCAUAGAGUCGACUAGACAUGAUAAAAGGUGGCAAGUGUGUCUUUUUUCUUUCUAACGUGUUGUUUGGACUCAGAGUUCCUGUUAUUGUGAACACAUGUGGCCGUCAGUAAACACCUGUGGAGCUCUGUGGCCGCUCUUGUUCUCUGUGUUCAGGCCCUUAAUGUGGCUGCGUUCACACCGUGGUGGAUGUGUCCCGACCAGCAGGGGGCGGGGCCAGUAUUCAGAUCACUGGUGGUUGAGGUUUUAUUACCAGCAUUGGUGUGAUGAGUAAUGAGAGAUCGGGUAGAAAUGAGUCCAAAUAACUUUUUUGUCUGUUGAGAUUUGAAAUCAACACUUUGACACUGGUUGACACUGGUUCGGCAUUUCUUGAUCUUAAUAAAUGAAGGACCAUCUUACUUAUGAUCCCGUACAGGAUGAUAAAUGUCUUUUUUUCCGUGUAUGUUGCCCAUUUUGCACAGAAACGGCUAACGGCAUUUCUUCGUGAGGAACUUUUGUGUUACUUCCUUUUGUUUCCUGUACUAUUGAUGAUUUAUUUGAGCUUAGAUGUACUUUAUUAAAUGCCUGGACUGCAGCUGAAGUAUAACGGGAGCACUGGGUGUGAAAACAGGAAGCGCCUUUCAUUUGUGAAUCAUCAUGUUGUGCUUGUCUGUGUUUCAGUGUGUGCGUCAGCUAAGCACCAUGCAGCACACUUUCUGAUCACUCUUCUCGAUGCACUCCCCCACUCCCCCCCUCCCCCUCCCCCUCC